CGGUUUUAAGUGCAUGAACGGUUGACGUGGUUGAGUUCUAAGGGAACGUUCGUGAUUUGAGAGCGUGGUCGUUAGUAGGGUUUACAAGGUUCAUUUUUCUCAAACUAAAGGCAGUCUGUAUAUAUAAACCUAGGCAUUUGCUAUUAUUCCAUCAUGCCAUAUAGUGAAGAUUACAUCAAGUCGAAAUUACAAAAGGAGCUUGAAGCAACGCACGUUGAAGUUCAGGAUGAAUCUGAUGGUUGUGGGGCAAAGUUUAGUGUCCUCAUUGUGUCAGACAAGUUUGAAGGGAAGCCUCUGUUGCAGAGACACAGAUUGGUUAACUCCAUACUAGAAGAGGAACUGAAAUCUAUUCAUGCCUUCUCCCAGAAAACCCUUACAACACAGCAGUGGGAAAAUCAAAAGAGUGCUUAGCUGAAACUGAAUUU